AUGGGUUUUCAUUGUUGUCUUGGCCUGUAACCUGUAUCUUAAUAGUUAUUUUGCUUAUUACUUACAGAAGCAGUGAUGGUGAAGUGUUGACAAAUCUUGCAAGAAGAUGCCAACACCGGGGAGAGGUCCAGGCAGACCUCCAAAGAACCCACGCACUUGCACGUGGUGUUCGGAGGUGAAGUCACAAUUGAAAUAUGUGUUCCCAACGAGCUCAGGAAAACGAGAAUUCUGCUCGGAAACGUGCCUCUCGGAGUACAGAAAGGCUCUUCGGAAGGGUACUUGUGCCAACUGUGACAAUGUCAUCCGCUCGACACCAGUCAAGUGCGAGACUUCAUCAGGCCGUCGGCGAGAGCUGUGCAGCAAUGAGUGCCUUAAGGCCUGGGCCAAAAAAGAGAAGGACAAAGAGCAGCAGGGAGACACGGAGGAAGAAGCAGGCGUGGCCUCUUCAUCUUUCUCCUCGAUGACGAGCCCGCCAUCCAGCAUGUCCCCCUCCUCGGGCAACGGUGUGUCACCCAACGAGAAGGCCUCCCUUGGCCCGGAAGCAGCUGCGGGUAGGAAAGGGCGGGGUCUGAGUGCCACAACCUUGGCACAGAUAGAGGCUGCUGCAGAGUUCAAUUGGGAAGACUACCUCAGGGAAACCAACUCCAUACCCUCACCUGCCAAAUGCUUCAAACAGCACAAAAUCCCCCCCAAGAAUGAGUUCAAGAUCGGCAUGAAACUGGAGGCACUUGACCCGCGAAACCUGACGUCCACCUGCAUCGCUACAGUGGUAGGCACAUUAGGCCCUAGGCUGAGACUCAGGCUUGAUGGCUCUGACAACAAGAACGACUUCUGGCGCUUGGUAGACUGCAAUAAUGAGAUCCACCCUAUUGGACAUUGUGAGGAGCAUGGAGGAAUGCUGCAACCACCCCUUGGUUUCCGCAUGAAUGCAUCAUCCUGGCCGAUGUUCCUCCUAAAGACGCUGCAGAAUGCAGAGGUUUCCCCUCCACACAUUUUCCGCACAGAGCCGCCCACACCUGCCAAGAACUACUUUGAGGUUGGCAUGAAGCUAGAAGCUGUUGACAAGAAGAAUCCUCAGCUCAUUUGUGCUGCAACUGUCGGUGCUGUGAAUGGAGAUAUGAUCCAUGUGACAUUUGAUGGCUGGAGAGGUGCCUUUGAUUACUGGUGCCGCUAUGAUUCAAGAGAUAUCUUCCCUGUGGGCUGGUGUGCUAUGUCAGGGCACCCUCUGCAGCCCCCAGGCCAGAUGUGGGGCCCUCCCAGCAGCCGUUACAAGGCACGGGUCCUGAACAUCCCUCCUCCCCUGGCUGGUUCCUCCAAGUCCCCAGAAGUGCCCUCAGCGACUGCAGCAAAUGACAAGAGCCCCUCGUCUGUGGCCAGCUCCCCCCUGGCAAAGUCGGGUGUCCGUGGCAGGCACCACUCCCCCUCCCCACCCCCAGGCAGCCCCCCCUCUUCCCAGCCGCAGUCCACACCCACCAAGGCGGGCUCGCUGCAGAACUCAUCGUCAUCAGCAAAGUCAUCUACUUCCACCUCCACCAAGUCAUCCUCGUUAAGUAAGCCAUCAUCCACCAGCAAGUUACCCCCCUCAUCUUCAUCCUCGUCAUCACCCUCGCCAUCAGCUGCAGCGCUCACAGUCAGUCAGUCGAGCGGCAAGCCCACCUCAUCUACUAAGUCAUCGGGGUUGCCUGCUAUGACCCCACUCACUUCUACGCCCACCAAGACUCCUGCAGGAUCGGGAGGAUCGGAAAGCGUCAAUAGCACCCCCAAUGCCAGCCAGUCCACUGUACCACCCCCUAAUACGGGAACAUCGGCAGCCAUCACGUCCUCCACCACGCCUUCAGCCCUCCCACACCCAUCUAACCCCAGAACGCCUGAGCCCCCCACAUCACCUUCCAUCACUUCCUCGCAGAAACCCCUGGGUGCCUCGUCAUCCUCCACCACCUCCUCCUCAUCCUCCUCUUCGUCCUCUUCGUCACCAAUGGUUGCUGGGCCGGAGUCGACAAUACCUGUUCCUCAACAAAAAUCACCAAGUAUAACAGUUACAGAACCAGAUACCUCGACUGUCCACAAAUUAAGUGCCUCAGUUGUCGUUUAUGUUAAUCAUGGCUGCACGUGUGGACCAUACCUGGACUCUGGUCGCGUGAGCGAGCUCCCUGUCCAGUUUGGACCAGGGAGCCUCAACCGUGUUGUGCGAGAGUCUGUCCAAGCUCUGGUUGAUGCCGCCCCUGACCCUCGUGCAGUCACUUCCCUCCUACCUCGUGGCAACGGCAAAGUUAUUAUUAAAGAUGGGGAUGCUGAAACCCAUCGACUAACAUCUCUAGAGAAAGUGGAGGAUUUUUGGAGUGCUCUGGAGUCGCUCUUUGAAGAUCUGAUGUGCUGUGAGAAUUUUUACACACAGCAGCCAAUCACCCAGUGUACCAAGUGUGCGCGGCAGAGUCCUGCACAAUUCAAAAGGGACCAAGAAGCAGCCCAGCAUGUGGCAGUGUCCAACAACAAGCGACCAGCCUCCAGUGAGCCCAGUGAUGUCCUCAGUCCGUCAAAAGUUGCCAAACGAGUAUUGCAAGAGCCAUCCCCCUCCUCAGCAAGUGAGCCUGGGCAGAGCCCCCGGCCAAGAGGUGACCCGGCUGAGUGGACCGUAGAGGAAGUCAUCACUCAUAUAGCGGCCACUGACCCUGCACUGGCCAAUCAUGCUGACCUCUUCAGACGGCAUGAGAUUGAUGGGAAGGCUUUGCUGCUCCUCAACAGUGACAUGAUGAUGAAAUACAUGGGUCUCAAGCUGGGCCCAGCCCUCAAGAUCUGUAACCUGAUCAACAAAAUCCGUGGGCGCAAGCACCUUGUCACCUAACAGCACUGGAGCAGUGUUUUUCACCCAACACUAGGCACCAGAGAUAGGAAUUACUCAGACUUUGUCUUGUGGAAUCAUUUAACGAGUGGCUUAUCUUUAGUGGUGUUUUAUUUUUCAUUGCAGUAUUUUUUUAUUCUUUUUAGGUAUGGGGAGCAGUUCCAUUAUCAGAUUUAUUAAUGUUCAAAUAGUUAAAGGAAAAUUUCAGACACCCACUAGGAAAAGCAUAAUGUGCUGGAAACCUCUGGAAUGAAAUGUGAAGUAGACGUUUUUAUGAAAUGAAACAUCCAAGAAUAACAAGCAAUUAUGCUUGCAGUGGGGUGGUGACGUUGGCAGCAGUGGGUAUGGCUUUCAUUUGAGUGACGGGUGAGCGUUCUACCUGCAGAUUGAAGUCAGAUUGUCCUGUUUAUUUAUUUAUUUAUUUAUUUUUAUUUUUCUUUGGACACAAGAUAAGCUCUAGGGUUUCAUAGAUGUGUCCAACAGUGUGUUGAAGAUGGUGACAAUGUAACUUACUGUUUUGCUCUCAUCUGCUGCUGUCUUUGGUUUGUGGGCAGUUGUUUUGUAAGCAAAUGACUAUCAUAACAGGAGAAUGAGCCUUACAAAGAAAAAAAAAAAAAAGAUAGGAAGAAGAUUAAAGAAUUUAUGUAGAUAUUUUUAUAUACAGUCAUGCAUUUAUUGCUUACCAUUGCUUGCAAUUAUAGUGCAAAUUACUUUUUGACGUUUACAACUUUGUCGUGUUUGGUGCGUCCCUCUUCCCCCCCUUUCCUCCCUCCCUCCAAUGACUCUCUCAAUGUUGUAGAAUCACCAGUAGUCGUAUUUUACUCCUGUUAGGUGUUUCAUAUCAGCCGUGGAAGUGCGCGCUGGCCAUAUCAAAACUCACCGAUCUUAUGCAAGUAAAAUCAAGACUUGGAUAAAAGGGAGCCAGCUGUGUGGGGUGCCAGCUGUCUCAAUGCCUUACAAGUGGCUUCCUUUGUCUUGUCUCUCCCUUGCCCUUUUUUAUCUUUUUCUCUCUUCCUCCUCCUAACACUUGUAGUCUUGCAGAAAUCUUUGCAUUUGCCAGUGGUUGUAAAUGUUUACUUUUUCAACUUAGCUUUAGAAGAGCUGUAUCACACUAGAAGAAAAAGGGA